AUGUCAAAAACACCUCAAAAAGAAAUUAGUUCUAGUAAAUCUAACGGACAAGAUAAAAGUGAUAACCAAAUCACUAAUCAAUCUCUUAAAUCUAAUAAAAGUAAUAGUUCAACUAAUACUGAAAAUAGUACCUUUUCAGAACCAAUUCAAUACAACCAAAAAAAUGAAAUAAUCAAAGAAACAAUAACAGAAGAAAAAAGUAAGGAAAAUGAACUGAAUGAAAAUGAAAAAGUAGAAAAUCUUCAUAAAGUAAUUCCUAAUACUAAGAGAUUAAAAGACAAACCUAAAACUAAAAGUCACUUACACGAAGAAGAAAAAGUUGAUCAGACCAUUCAACAAACUAAAAGAGCUACAUUCUCUUCUGUAAGACUAAAAGAAGAUAAAGGUAUUAAUUCAAUAACUCCAAAAGAUGUUCUAGAAAGUAUAAACACAAAUGACCAAACAACUCCUAAACCUAUUACACUAAGUAUUACUCCACAUGACUCAAGAGAUUAUAGAAUUAAAAGUACAACAACAGCAUGGAGUAAUACUAAUAGAAAUCAAUUAAGAAAGUCAAUGAGUUUAUGCACGACUCAAAUUACAAGUAACACAUUAGAAGCUAUGAGGUCAAAUGUAAAAAUGUUUAACGAUAUGGUUAUUGAAGUAGAAAAUACAUACCAAAAAAUAAGUCAAGCAAGAGAUAGGAUAUUUGAAAUUGUUAAAUAUCAACAACAAACAAUAAAAUGUAAUGACUUUAUUAAGAACUAUUCUGACAUUUUAACUUCAAUUCAACAAAGUACUAGUCAUAUGUUAACUAAUGAAACAGGAGAUUUAGAGUCAUUAAAAGAAUUCACAGUUUAUAUGUCUGAUUUAUAUAUUGUUGGUUUUCAACAAUUUAAAAAUCAAACACAACAAUUAAAUCGUAUGAUGAAAGAGGGAAAGAAGUUUCUUGAAGAUAGUAAAACAUGUAUAAAGUCAAAAAAUGAAUUUGAUAAGAUACAUAAAGAAUAUCAAAAAAUUAAUGGAAAACUAAAUGAUGAAAAAGAUGAUAAAAAACAAAAAAUUAUUCAACAAACAAGAGAUGAUAUUAUUUCAAAAGGAAUUGGAGAAGGAAGAAAAGCUCUAGAAAUAUUUGACAAAAAUUUACAGAAGUAUUAUGAAAUACUACAAAAUAGUGGAAAACAUAUUUAUGAAACUAUUCAAAAUGGAAUGAAAGAAGUUCAUUCAAAAAUAGAGAAUUAUGAAGAUAAGAUAGAUUCUUGGAAAGCACUUGAUUUUUAUAAUGAAGAAUUUGAAGAGGGUGAAAUUAAACCAUGGAUGAAAUCACCUGAAAUUAAAAGAAUUAUAACAAAUGAAUUUAUGUAUGUUAAUACUCUAACCUUACUUAUUGAUAGAUAUUAUAUUGAUAUAUCUAAUAAUCCAGUAAUAGUACAAUGUGGUAUAUCAUUACAAGACAUGGAUACUAUUUUCACAGACAUUGUUCCACUAAUUCAUUGUCAUAAAAAUAUAUUAAUGAAAUUAAAAGAAUCUAAUCCAAAAGAAUUUUUGGAUUGUUACUCUGCUUAUUUUGGUCAAUUAUAUCAACAAUACCAUAACUAUCUCAAACAUUAUCAGAACAGUUUUAUUGUAUUAAAUAAGUUUAUGUCAAUUAAACGAUUUAAAGAAUGUGUUGAUAAUAUUGAUUUAAUUGAAGGAUUUGAAAUGAAAGAAUUAAUCACAGCACCAUUUAAUUAUAUCACAGAUUUCUUAGAAAAUUUAGAAAGAGUAACAACUGUUGAUAAGGAAGUAAUUAAUACUUUAAAGUAUGUCUUUGAAAAGUUAGCUAAAGAAAAAGAAAUAGUAAAAAAACAAAUUAUUGCAACAAGUUACAUUAUUAAAUUGAACAAUUUUAAAGGAAAUAUUAACCAAGAAAGAGAAUACUUUGGCAAAGUAGUUAUUUCUUCGGGCAAAUUGAAUGGAACAAUGUUUUUCUUUAGCGAUUAUCUUAUCUUUGCUAAGUCAGAGAAAGAAGGGUAUAGUGUCAUUGAAAUGUUUGAAACAUCUAAUUUAGAAAGGCUUAGAGUUGUUGAUAGAAAGACAAUAGAAAUUGGAUGUAAAGGAGAAAAUACAACAGAAAAUAUUAAAGGUAUUCAAUUUAGUAUGAAGGAAGAAACAGUAAAAGAUUUUAUGGAUUGUUUAAAUAAAGUACAAAAUAAAUUAACUUCGAAUGAUAUUUUUGGUAAAGAUAUUACAACAGCUACAAUUGCUAGAAAUGAACAACAAUGGUUAUUUCCUAAAAUUUUACAUGAAAUAUUUGAUCAAUGUGAAAAAGAUGCACCAGAACAAGAAGGAGUAUUAAGACUUUCAGCAAAUGUUGUUCAAAUGGAAAAAGAUAUGAAAAAAAUUAAUCGAAAAGAAGAAAUUGACGUAUCUAAAUUAAAUGUUCAUGAGAUGAUUAAUAUACUUAAGAGAUAUUGUAAUUCAAUUCCGAAUAAAUUACCAAAUGAAUUACAAACAAUAGUACUUGAUGAAUGUGCUUGUGAAAAAAUUAAAAAAAUAUUAAGAGAAAUGAAUAAUGAUGGGUAUUUGGCAUUUAUAGAACGAUUAUUUAGAUUACUUCAUCUUAUUGAAAUGAAAAAAGAAAUUAAUUUAAUGGGAUCAGAUAACUUAGCUAAAGUUAUUUCACCGAAUAUAUAUAUUGAUGAAGGAAUUAUAUUUGACAUCGAAAAAUUAACAAGAACUGUAAGAUUUAUGAUUGAAAAUUAUGAAGAAAUAUUUAGUCAAAUUAGAAACGAAAUGACAGAACGUAUUCGUAAAGGAAAUGAGUUAUCCAAACAAAUGGAAGCUUUAGAAAAUCAAAUGAAUAUGACAAAAUAUAAUGAAGAAUUAUCAAGUUCAUAUUUAAAAGGUAAAAAAGGAGUUUCAACAAAAGGAAUUACUCUUAAAGAUGUUUUAAUGCAAAGUGAAGUUGAACUAUAUGAAAACAAAAAGAAUAUAAAACGAUGGUUGGUAAUUUGUAGGACAGAAUUAAUAUUUAAGAAGAAUAUGGAAGACUUUGAGUCACUUAUCCAAUUACCAUUAAUUGGAUUAACAAUAAACAUAAAUGAAAAGAUACAAUUAAAAAAUGGGUCUCGUUCUGUCACAUUAGUUAAUUUUGAAAAUAAACCAUACUUUGAAUUGUUAAAAAAACUAAUUCUUAAUUGA